CAUUGAUAUCCGUAAAACACCUCCAAUGACGCUAUCACGCCCCCUAACGCAAGCCGCCAGGCUCACCUUCCGCUUCCCUACCGCACAGGUCCGGCGGUUCGCCAGCACGCCGCCUGCAGCCGCGAAAAACCGCGUAUACACCAGCGUUCGCACCCCUGACGAACUGCACACUCUUCUCCUCCUUGGUGCCAGCAGCCGCAAACCGCUCAUCACGCUCUGGACCGCGUCAUGGUGCGCGUCGUGCCAUGCGGUAGAGCCGCUGCUGCGGCAAAUGAUUGAGGACGAGGGGGUGGGGGAGAGUGUGGGCGGAGUCGGGUAUGCGCAGGUCGAGGUCGAUGCAGUGACGAUUGGGGAUUUGCCCAUUACGUAUAGAAUUAAUUCGAUGCCGACCCUGCUGGCUUUUGAUCGCCAGGAGGCGCAGUUUGAGACGAAGGUUACGAGGUUGGAGGACUUGGAGAGCAGGCGGUUUCUGACCGAGUGGAUUGAGAAGGAGGCACGGAGGGGAGGGGAGGGUGGUGGUGGGGGUAGUUUGUUGGGGAAGUGGUUUGGUUGAGAAAGAAGUACGUCCAAGACAAAUCUCCCAGUAGUUUUGAUACGACUGCUUUCGGUUAGAAGUGUGGUGGUUAGAAGUAUGGCGUACCCGGCUGGCCGUGCUGAUAGAGUAAAAUAUCCAUAGGAAUGCUUGUAGUAGUGAGUGG